AUGCAAGGCCACCCUCUUCAACAAGCCAGAGAGACUAAUGUAUGGUACCCUUUUGAUGGGCUGGGUGAAUGGUCACUUGCAAAAUUCCUUGUCAAAAAUCUUUCCCAGACGCAGAUCGACAAAUUUCUCAAGUUAGACUGGUUCCAGACAAGGGAACGGCCGCAAUUCAAGUCGAAAGACGAGUUGUUCUUCUAUAUGCAGCAGCUUCCUGGCCGCAGGCCAAAAUGGCAAUGCACGAAACUUAAGCUCAAGGGCUACGAAAGUGAACAAGCAAUUCACCUCAUUUGGAGGGACACGUUGAAGGUUAUGAAGCAGCUUUUCACAAACCCGGUUUAUGUGAAACACAUGUGCUAUGACCCUCACUAUAUCUAUCAAGGACAAGAACACCAAUUUGGAGAAUUCUGGACGUCAGAUGAUGCAUGGAAGAUUCAGGAUCAACUACCAGAAGGAGCGACUAUCGUUCCGAUCGUCCUUGCCUCCGACAAAACUCCAGUCACAAGGCAUAUGGGUGGCCUUGAGAUGCACCCAUUAUUUCUAACGAUUGGAAAUAUCCAGGCCGAUGUCCGCAUGAAGGCUACGUUGCAUGCGUGGCGAUGUACUGUGUUCAUGCCAACACCCACUUUUGUUGUCAACUCUGACUUUCAAACUCUACUCCAUGCGCGUCUGUGGCAUAAGUGCAUGGAUCUUGUCUGUUCUAAUUUGAAGGUCGCGGCUCGUGUUGCCAGAAUGUGUUACUGUUUCACCCCUCUUCUCUUAUCAACCAUAGAGGCCAAAAAACUUUAUAUUAGUGGGGUGCACUUGCCAUACUGGAGAAACUGGAGGCACUCUAAUCCUGCAAGAUUCCUGACGCCAGAGAUUCUUCACACGCUGCACAAGUUCUUUUUCGACCAUGUUCUCAAAUGGAUCAAGCAGAUCAUGGGUCGCGAACUUGAUGUAUGGUUCAAGAGUCACCACAAACGCACUGGUAUAUGCCAUUUCUCUGGGGGUGUCUCUCAUGUCAACCAAAUGACAGGAUGGGAGCACCGAGACAUUCAACGCACGAUUGUGCCGACACUGUGGGGUGUGGCAAGUCCUGGCUUCAUCUGCGCUGGAAAGGGUGGUGCUAAGGACGACUUCUUCAUUCCGAAACUCGAACUCAUGCAAAGUUUCACUCGUGCAAUCUUCCAUGUUGGUUCACUCAUGCAGUGGACAGCAGACGUUUCAGAACAUCUUUUGAUAACGCACUGCAAACACCCAUUUGAACGCACAAGUCGUCAGCAAGACUUCGUCUCACAGAUCGCUCGCAUCCUCGAUCGCGAGGAGGCUAUCCGGCUGUUUGAUCUUUAUACGCUGCUAUCCUCGUCCUCAUCUAUGCCUGGCCAGGACCCUCUCAUCAAUGCCGUCAUCAUGGAGGAUGAAGAGAUCGCUAGCACGGAGAUGGAUCCCACUCUUGCUUGGGUCUCCAAUGCAAACCAAGCCGCCCAGCUACAUCUACAAGCACCGCACCCUGUUCGUAAUCACUUCUUAAAGGGUAUUUUAUCGGACAAUGCAUGUAUCGCCUUUAAUGUCACUGUGAAAGCAGAUUGCAGCCGUCUCAGUGUGUCUCAGCUGCAGUCAUCAUACAAUCUCCCUGAUUUUGCACACACUUUACACCUCUACGCAACCCGCAAUGGCUGUACACUCUCUGACCACCUAUCAUUCAAUAUGUGGUCCAAAUUUCGGAUUCAGUUAUAUUCCACGUUUCACACUUGCAGAAUCAUGCCGAGUCAGCAAAUUCAUGCCGAGCCACCUUCCGCUAAUUUUCCUAGAGGGAACUGCAAUGCCGUGUUAUUUAACCAGACGGGCGAUGGUGGGUCUUAUGUUGCUCAAGUACGAGCCAUAUUCCAACCAACCGUCCCCAGAGGUUCCUGUGUGCAGCUUCCUGAGCGUUUGUCUCAGGUGCUCGUAUAUAUUCAACACUUUGACUUCAUCGUGCCUGGCCCUGAACCAUCUACGGGCAUGUGGAUGGUCAGAUGGUCUUAUACUCGACUCUCUUCGCAGUCGGACAGGGUGAUCAGAUGCGGGUCCAUAAUCGCUCUCACAGACAUCACGCAUGCAGUGGAAAUUAUACCCGUCUAUCAAGGACCAUUGGGCAAGGACGUGAAUUCUGGGAACUCGCUGGAGGUGUUUGAUGACUAUUUCUUGAACAAUUUUGCAGACAAAGAGCUGUACCAUUCGCUAUCGGUAAUCUCAGACAAUUAG